UCCGCUGACGGUUUCCGCGCAAGGAGGAGGGUGACGCCGGUGGGGAGAGUAGAGCAGCCCGGACGGGGCAGAGGAGGCGGGUGUCCUCGGGACAACGACGGCUAGGAUGUCUACACCGCCUCUAGCAGGGCCAGGAUUGCCACCUGGUCCAUUUUCUGGACCUCAGGGUCAGGCUGCACGAGAAGUGAACACAGCUUCUUUGUGUCGCAUUGGUCAGGAGACUGUGCAGGACAUUGUAUUCCGCACCAUGGAAAUCUUCCAAUUGCUAAGAAAUAUGCAGCUUCCAAAUGGUGUCACCUAUCAUACGGGCACAUAUCAAGACAGAUUAGGAAAGCUGCAAGAACAUCUGCGCCAACUCUCCAUACUGUUUAGGAAACUGAGAUUAGUAUAUGAUAAGUGCAAUGAAAACUGUGCAGGGCUUGAACCUAUUCCAAUAGAGCAGCUCAUUCCUUAUGUUGAAGAGGAUGGCUUCAAGCAUGAUGAUCGAGGAGCAACCAACCAGUUACUCUUUGCUAGUGAAGAGAGACGGGAAAUCAUGGAAGUUAACAAGAAACUGAAACAGAAGAAUCAACAGCUGAAGCAAAUCAUGGAUCAAUUGCGAAAUCUCAUUUGGGACAUAAAUGCCAUGUUGGCAAUGAGAAACUGAAUACGUUUUCUUUCUUUCUUUCUCAUUAUGAUAUUUGAUGUUAUUUGUUAGGGAAGAAUAACUUUUUAAAGAAGACUGGGGGGACAGGGUAUCCUGUUUUUCCCAAAUGUUUUGAAACAGCCAAACCCAUGGGUAUUGAUUGUAUCUUAAAUAUUCAUGUAUAUAUUUGUUAUACUUUGAUUAUGAAUAUUGAAGCCUUGAAGUUUCAGGCAAUGAAUAAAUUCAGUAGAAGCUUUACUUUUCAGACAAGAUGAAUAACUUUUAUUUUUGACGUUUGGGCAAUAGUUUCUUUCAUAUUAAAUAGUAUAGACUUUAUUUCAUGAAGAAAAGCAAAGAGUAUUUUAUCCUAGAGAAUGCAUUCUUGCUCUCAACAAGUCCCAAUGAACUGGAACAAAUCAUGUAAUUCUGGUUUCAUUAUCAUUAAAUAAUAAUAAAAAAAAGCAUUCUUAAGACCUAUUUCCUCCUUCAAGGAUUUUUAACUUUAGAAUUAAACCAUGACAGUUAGAAUGUACUAAUCUGUGUUACCAACUUACUGCUGAGGACUGAAAGUCUAGCACUCACUCAAAUAGAAAAGAGGAAAAUGUCA